AUGCUGUGGGCUCAGAGGAGGAAGAGGAAGGCAACCUUAGAGAAGACAGAAGACAAGCCUCCGGAGUCCCACAGAGUGAAUGACAGCUGGAUCAAAUCUCACUUCAGCCGCCUGUCCGAGGAGAGGUUGCCCACCUACCGCUACGUCAGCAACAAUGGGCACCCACUUGAAAGCAGGCAUGGAGAAGCCAAUACCACCCUCCACGUGGAUACCCUCACCACCAAACAUGGCGAGAGGGGGGCAGCUCUGCACCGAGAUUCCUUUGCCAGCAAACAGAAGAUAUCUGGGAGCUCAGUAAGCAAAGAGGUGCAGAGGGAGUCAGGGAAGUCCCCGUCCAUGGAGGAUGACACCUGGGCAGCUGUGGCAGCUUGCACGAAGGAGAUUGAUGCCAAGGGGCACCACGUGGCCAACUCCAUGCUGCAGCGCUCCUCGGCUUACCACCGUACGGGCCAUGCAGAAUCCAGGAACAUCAGCCCGGAAGAGCUGAAGGCUCUGGAGGAGGUGGAAAUAAAACUGAAAGGGAAUUUCCUAACUCACCGGGAAACCGCUGUAGCUGGUGCCAACCAAUCGCACACCGUCUACAGCCAGAGUCGCCAUGGUAACCAAAGCCACCAUUCCCAUCCAAGCCACCAGAGCAACCAGAGCCAUCCUGUUUACUCCAGCCACCAGGGUCAUCAUCCAAGUCACUUGAGCCACCAGGGUUAUCCAAGUUACUCAAGUCACCAGAGUCAUCCGGGCCACUCAAGCCACCAGGGUCAUCCCGGCCUCUCAAGCCACCCGAGUCAUCUGAGCCACUCAAACCACCAGGGUCAUCCAGGUCACUCAAGUCAUCAGAGUCACCAGGGUCAGCCAGGUCACUCAAGCCAUCAGAGCCAUAGUCUGCCCAACCGCAGAAACCAAGUCUAUGACUCUUGA